UGAUGGCCUCCGGUUCAGAGAGCUGUACGUCCGACUCUCAGCUCCGCUCUGACGCCGCUCGCACCGACAGCAGCAUGUGGGAGGAGAACUUCGACACUGAGAAUCAUGGAGUGGGCAGAAAGAGGGAUUACUCCCCCGUGUCCUGGAGUGAAUACUUUGAGAUGAUGGACGACGUGGUGGUGGGAUCGGCGGAAAGCAAGGACGUGUUCCGUGUGUAUAAGAGCGGGCAGGACGGGCCACUGCUGGUGCUGCUGCACGGAGGAGGACACUCAGCGCUGUCCUGGGCUGUUUUUACUGCGGCCAUGACGAGUCGGGUCACCUGUAGGGUCCUGGCGAUGGAUCUACGAGGACACGGGGCUACUCAAGUGCGCCAUGCUGAUGACCUCUCCACCCAGACCAUGUCCAGAGAUGUAGCCAAUGUGGUGCGAGCCACGUAUGGUGAGGUCCCGCCCCCUAUUAUCCUGGUUGGUCACAGUAUGGGCGGAGCCAUCGCUGUGCAUGCAGCCAGUGGGAGCUUACUGCCAUCUGUGGUGGGCCUGGUGGUUAUUGAUGUAGUGGAGGGGAGUGCCAUGGACGUGCUUCACAGCAUGCAGAACUUCCUGAAAGGACGACCCAGAUCCUUCAAGUCUAUCGACCACGCCAUCGAAUGGAGUGUUAAAAGUGGACAGAUCAGGAAUCUGGAGUCAGCCAAGGUGUCCAUGGUGGGCCAAGUGAGGAGGUGUGAGGUAGAGGAUGGGGACUGUGCUGAGCAGGUCAGUCCUGUAACAGAAAGUGUGGCUGAAGGACAUGAAGAGUUCUACGACCUCAACUACGUCACUGAUAAAGCUGAGAGCACCGCGUCAGAGCCGUCCAGUGUGUACAGCUGGAGGAUCGACCUGUCCAAAGCGGAGAAGUACUGGGACGGCUGGUUCAGAGGGAUCUCCAACCUGUUCCUGGGCUGCAACGUCCCCAAACUGCUGCUGCUGGCAGGUAUUGACCGGCUGGACAGAGAUCUGACCAUCGGCCAAAUGCAAGGCAAAUUCAUGAUGCAGGUGCUGCCCCCUUGUGGCCAUGCUGUGCAUGAAGACACACCAGAUAAGGUGGCUGAUGCUCUUGCCAGUUUCAUGACCAGACACAAGUUCGCUGAGGCUCGCAGUGAAACCAAGAGCUCCUCGUACCCCUUCAUGCGGUGAGCUCCAGGCCUCCAGCAGGCCUCAGCUCCACAGCGCACUCUAGAGGCAGAAUCCCUCACAUACAGCCAGCAGCCUAAUGGAGGAUCUGUCACAUCUUUCUGUUUCUCUAUGUGCCAGUCUAGAUAUUAGUUCUCAUUUAUUGACUUAUUCGUUUUUUGGUGUGUCAUCUAGAGCUACAGGUGAUUUGACAGUCUGUCAACAUCUGCAUCACUCUGAGACGUCUUCUAAAGGCAUUUUAAAUG